AGCUCAACCAAACAAGAGGCUCUAAAACUGAAAGCAAUCCAGUGGAAAUGUGCUUUCGAUUCCAAGAGACUCGUGAUUUGGAAUCUGCAAUCAAUGAACAUGCACCAUCAACUGGGGUUAAAGAAAAGAAGCCUGUACCUUUUACCCCUGCUGUUGCCGACAAGACACCGGAAACACACACACAGAAAACAACACCACGAAAGUUAUCACCUAAAGCUCCAGCAGAUGUGCCCCCGAAAUCCAGGAAGAAUCUACCAAUCGGCACGAGGGGGAAGCCACAAAAUGCCAGCAGCGUGUUACCACAAAAACCUAAAGAACGCAGUGAACCAACGCCAGCAAGAACAGAAAGACCAAAGGAAGAAAGAAAAAUAAUCCCCAAGACAAGACCACCAUGGUUACCACCAGCUGCAAAUCAAAAGCAAGGUAAAGGAACCAUUCAUGACGCCAAGAAGACACCAGAAAAACGUCUACCGACAAUUCCCCAAACGUCAGCACCUAAAGAUCCAGCUGUCAAUCCCCCAAAAUCCAAGAAGAAUCUACCAAUCGGCACGAGGGGGAAGCCAGAAAAUGCCAGCAGCGUGUCACCCCAAAAACCUAAAGAACGCAGUGAACCAACGCCAGCAAGAACAGAAAAACCAAAGGAAGAAAGAAAAAUAAUACCCAAGACAAGACUACCAUGUUUAUUACCAGCUACAAGUCAAAAGCAAAGUAAAGGAACCAUUCAUGACGCCAAGAAGACACCAGAAAAACGUCUACCGACAAUUCCCCAAACGUCAGCACCUAAAGAUCCAGCUGUCAAUCCCCCUUCUAGACGCCCAACUACGCGUGUACAAGCAACACCACAAACAAGUGUUUUACCACCGAUUCCACCAAUUCCACAGAAGAAAGGCACAGGUAGCCAACAGCAGAUAACUAUUCCAAAGAAAUCUGUGCCAAAGUGGGAUGACUCAGUAACAUUGCCCGUUAUUAAAGGAUUGAGGAAACCAGCUAUUCCAAGAGACAGCAGAAACGACCACCAAUGCCCUCAAUUGGUUCACCAACGCCCUCAGUUGGUGCAAAUAAUCCACAGGGCAAAAAUCACACACACGGUGUUUCGUUACUCACCUUAAGGAUAAGGUAGGUGUCACAAAAUAGUAGUCACAUUCUCUGGGUUUUGUGUGGCUUCUCGACCAUUUCAUAUUUGUUUGAAUGCUGUUUAAGCAUUCCAGUAAAUGUUAAACCGUUGUAUUGUUCUUCUAAGCGGUAUUUUUCUCUUCUUUCUAUUUCCGUGCAUAUUUUGAGCUGCUUCUCCUCCUUCAAAUCUUCAGCUAUUACAACUGUUACUCUUUAACUACAAAA